UAAUACUGAGAUCUUAACUUGACUCACACUGAAAAAUCAUACCUUAUUGGAAUGCUGAAUAACUAUGUGAUUUUAUUUCUUGUGAGGGCUUAAAAUUGAAAAAGAAAAAGAAAAAUUAGUUCCUCUUGCAAGUCUGUGAUAGCCUUAGUUGCAGAAAUGGUAUAGAGGAAAUCACACAUCACAUUCUGUUCGAGACAGAAAUAUUAGACAGUGAUAAAAGGCGUGGGAGUGGGUGACUGGAAGUUUGAAUUUGACUCUGAAUGGUUGGUACUUUCCAUGAACAGAUAUCUUUUUGGUUUUUAGACUAUUCAGUAUCAUCUCUUGCAGAUUAGUAGGUGGUUUUGGUAGCUGUAUCAUAAAAGCCUUCUCCCAGGUUGGCUAGUUAGGAUGGGAGGUGAGCAGCACUUGGGGUAUUGUUCUAGGUUCCGAGGCUGUCAUGUCCUCAAAAGUCUUUGUUAGCAUUAGGUACUGUGAUUCCUCAAGAUUCUGGAGGAAACUGGUUUGCCCUUGGUGUUUUGGCAAUGAGCUACUUAUUUUAUUUGCCCAAGGUCCACAGCUUACUGACGGGGAUUCUAGUCAGUUUUGUAUGCCUCUGGAAAGAAACCAACCUCUUUCUGUCCAGCUGUGUUCUGUGUUACCGGUGUUCCUUUGAGGCAGUGGGGUGGAGGCAGUAGGCUUUUCAGUAAACAAGAGAUGUGGGAUUGUUUGUGAAAUGUCUAGACUUCAUGCGGGACUCCACCAAGGAAGAGCCUUCUUCCACUCCGCUCUUGUUGCUCAUAAUCAGAAAGGUAAAGGUUGGGAUGUUCUAGGAUCAGUGUUCAAAGCAGCAAGAUCCAUGACCUGGGGUCACAGUCAGUGUAAGGAGGGUCAGUGUAACUACGGGGGCCUGCCACUUACUUUCUCCAUUUCCCUAAAGGAAACACAGCACCGGGGUAGCCCAUGCUGACUCAUGCCGCAGGUCCACACACCUCUUCUUCAAUGACGGUGGUUACUGUGUGCCGGGCAUUGUGCGAGCUUUACUGACGGGCAGGAAAGCAUAGUUCUUAGACUUGUGAGACUUGCCAGAAAUCUCUGAAACUGGACACUAGUCGAAGCAGAAACCUAACCAUGCAUUGUGGAGAAUUAUUCUUGGUAUUCUGUGUUCUCACUGUUACAAGUGCCUCAAAAAUUUGCAUUCGCCGCCCCCAAAUUCAUGCAAUGGAGGGAGAACCUUUUUAUUUGAAGUUCUGUGAAACAUCUUCACCCGUGCACAAGAAUGAAACAGCCACUAUAAAAUGGUUCAAAGGCGAUGCUUCCCGUGAGCAUGUGGAGUUGAACACUGAAAGUUCAUCCAGAAUUACUUUCAAUGGUUAUGAUUUGGAAUUCUGGCCAGUUGAGCUGGAGGACAAGGGAACAUACUUUUCCCAAGUGGGAAAGGAUUGUCAAAAUUGGACCCUAACUGUCAUCCAAAGAAAUGAACACAGCUGUUUUUCUGAAAAACUUGUGACAAAUAGAAAUGUGGAAGUCAAGAAAGCUUUACACAUACCAUGUGAAAAUCCUAACUACAGUGAGCUGAUCAACCACACAUCACUAUAUAAGAACUGCAAGGAAAUCAUCAAUCCCCCAAUGAUCCAGAAGGAUGCUGAAUUCGAAGAUGCGGGUUAUUACUCUUGUGUGUUUUCUGUCCUCCAUAAUGGGAAACAGUACAACAUCACCAAGACCAUCAAUAUAACAGUUGUUGAAGGGAACAGUAAAAUAACUCCAGCUAUUUUGGGACGAAAGUUUGAGACUGUUGAAGUAGAACUAGGAAAAGAUGUGGAACUUAACUGCACCGCUUUACUGAAUAAAAAUGAUAUGUUUUAUUGGAACAUCCUGAACAACAAUUCCGAUCCUAAUGUGCAUGAAGAUGUGAACAAGACAACUUGGAUUUUUGAAGGCAAACUACAUGCUUUUAAAAUAUUGAGAAUUGGGAAUAUUACUGAAAAAAAUCUCAGUGUUUUAUAUAAUUGCACAGUGGCCAACGAAGAAGCCACAGACACCAAAAGCUUCAGGUUGGUGAGGAAAGAAAUGGUUGAUAUCCCAGGCCAUGUCUUUAGGAGAGGAAUAAUCAUGGCAGUUUUCGUCUCUGUGGCAGUCGUGUGUGGGGUGACUUUGUGUGUCAUUUAUAAAGUCGACUUGGUUCUAUUCUAUAGACGCUUGGUGGAAAGAGAUGAGACAUUAACAGAUGGCAAAACAUACGAUGCUUUUGUGUCUUACCUGAAAGAGUGUCAUCCUGAAAAUGGAGAAGAAUACACUUUUGCUGUGGAGACGUUACCCAGGGUCCUGGAGAAACAAUUUGGGUAUAAGUUAUGCAUAUUUGAAAGAGAUGUGGUGCCUGGAGGAGCUGUUGUUGAUGAGAUCCAUUCACUGAUAGAGAAAAGUCGGAGGCUCAUCAUCAUCCUCAGCAAAAGCUACCUGACUAACGAGACCAGGCUCGAACUUGAGAGUGGACUCCACGAAGCGCUGGUGGAGAGGAAGAUUAAAAUCAUCUUAAUCGAGUUUACUCCAACCAGCAGCUGCACUUUCCUGCCCCCAUCGCUGAAGCUCCUGAAGCCUUACAGAGUUCUGAAAUGGAAAGCUGACAAGUCCCGUUCUUACAACUCGAGGUUCUGGAAGAAUCUUCUUUACUUGAUGCCGGCCAAGGCCAUCAAGCCAUGGAGAGAAGAGUCCGAAGCAUUACCAGUUCUUUCGGAACCUUGAUCUUCAGCAAAGCUGGGUGUCAAAAGGAACGGAGGCACCGCUUGAGGCCGUGUGUGUGUGUGCCUGUUUACAACAGGGGCUGUUGUGCAAAAUACUGAAUUCCAUGAUCAUCUCUCCCAUUUGCAGUUAGAAGAUAAGAUUUGUCACUGGGUCAUCAUAGAUGAAAUAAAACCUAAACUCCCAGAAGACCUUGGGAUUCGCACGAAAACAUUCUGUUGUUCUUCCUUCCCCUAGAGCAGUGGUUCUCAACCUGUGGGUCCAGAACCCUUUAGCAAACCUCUGUCUUCAAAAAUAUUUACAUUAUGAUUCAUAGCAGUGGCAAAUUUUCAGUUAUGAAGUAGCAAUGAAAAUAAUUUUAUGGUUCGAGGUUGCCACAAGAUGAGGAACUAUAUUAAAAGGUCGCAGCUUUAGGAAGGUUAAGAACCACUGCCCUAGAGCUAUCUACACACUUAACCCCAUAUUCAGCAAGGGUGGGGCUAGACACUCAAACUGAUUUAUGCCCAGAACAAGGCAUUUUCAAUGAACCAGUCUUUUUUACAUCUCAAGGGUACAUAGCUCUCUACCGGGCUUGGGAGGUGGACGGAGGUGGUGGAAGAGCCGUAUGUAGACACAGGGAAACAAGGUGGAACCUAGGGCCUUGGCUUCAGGAUGAGUUUAGUGUUGCAAGGUAUUUCUUAGAAGUUCAGUGAGAGACAUCAGGCAAGAUGUCUCACUUCUUAUUUAGACCUUUCAUGAAACCUUUGAAAGGGGAACCCUAAACACCUUUGUAUCAUCCAUGUCAGACAAAGAUUUCAAUUCAGGGAACUCAGUGGGAUGUUCAACUUUAGUGGCCUAAGGCUUCUGUUGACUUUAUGUAGGUCUUUAUAUAUAGGACCAUAUAAGCUACUAAACUGAAACAGACAAACAACAAUUGCUUGUUGUUUUUAUUAGCUCUUUCAAAUGCGGGCAGUUCAGCAUGGUGGUUGAGAGUGUGACCUGGCCUGUUCAGUCAAAUUUUAGUGACAAUCUUGGGUUUUCUGCUUCCUUUAUGAGUUCUGGACUUUUACCCAACUUCUCAUACUUGAGUUUCCUCAUCUCUAAAAUCAGAGCUGAAAGUAAGUAUUCCUACUUCACAAGGGGACUAACGAGCACUCUGUGAAUGUGGCUCUUCUUUUUUUUUUAAUUUUAUAAUUUAAUUUAAUUUCACAUAUCAGCCACGGAUUCCCCUGUCCUCCCUCCUCCCACCCACCCCUGCCUUCCCUCCAAUCCAACCCCCCAUUCCCAUCUCCUCCAGGGCAAGGACUCCCCUGGGGAUUCAGCUCAGCCUGGUAGAUUCAGUCGAGGCAGGUCUAGUCCCCUCCUCCCUACACCAAGUCUGAGCAAAGUGUCCCUGCAUAGGCCCCAGGCUCCAAAAAGCCAGCCCAUACACCAAGGACAGGUCCCAGUCCCACUGCCUGGGGGCCUCCCAAGCAGUUCAAACUAAUCAACUAUCUCACUUAUCCAGAGGGCCUGAUCCAGCUGGGGGCUCCUCAACUAUUGGUUCACAGUUCAUGUUUUUCCAGAGUGUGGCUCUUCCUGUUGGUGGCAGUAACUGCCCUCAUUCAUGCUUGACUCUGUGACUUAACAUUGGAGCAACUGGGAGCCCGAGUUAAGGUGGGAAACCAGGACUGAGGACUCUUUGGCUUGAGUAGCAAAUUGAGAGAAGGGCACAGUAGAGACAUAGCAAAACAACAACAACAGCAACAACAACAACAACACACACACACACACACACACACACACACACACACACACACACACCCCAUCUCUCUAUUGGAAUGCACAUCUCUUGGGCACUGGAAGACAUUUCUCUCUAAAGGGAGCUGUCACCCUGGGGCCUUCUUGUGGUUCAAAACAAUGGGUGUCUGUGGGAAUUAUUUGUGUGUGUGUGUGUGUGUGUGUUUGUGUGUGGAUGCUGGCUGACCUUGCGUGGGCAGAUACAAAGAAGAUUCAGGGAAGUCCAAAGCUGUCUGUUUGCAAGCUUGCAAGUACAGCAGGAAUGUUCUAGAAAAGUCUAGAGCAAAGACUGUUUAGAAUAGACAUAGUAGAUUUUGAAAUAAAGGGGAAAAAAACCCCAAAAAGAAUGGGGAUUCUCAAGUAAUUUGUAUCUCAUGACUUCACAUGCUAAUUGGCUGGCAAAAAAAGGAUAAAUUCAACAAAUGCUUUAAUGUCCUAUGUGUGAAAGUACAGAAUCAGAAACAAUUUUGUUGUUUUGAGAAUUUCUGGUAAAUAAAAUUGCUUUGCUUCAUUUUUUUUAUUACUCAUGCUCUGACACAUGAAGUAUAUUUUAUAUGAAAUAUAUUUUACAUUAAAUCUGCUAAAUGCAUUCA